AUGGGUUGUUGGUCGAGUAAAAUAGAAGAGAAGUAUCAGGGAAAAGAAAUUAGUUCUAUUAUUUCCGAGGAAUCUGAUGAAUAUAGCAAUCACCGCGGACGAUCUGACGAACGGGACAAAUUUCACAGGGAAAAAGAACUAUGUCAUAGCAGGAGCAGACAAUCUGAAGCCGAAGAACGGAAAUAUCUUGCAGAAGAUGAGAAACUCCAAAUGAAAGGAAUGACCGAAGAAGACUACUCGCGAUUUCGCGAUGCUAAGGAAAUGAGGAUGGAAGAAGAUCUGGUAAGAGAUAUAAGUGAGUUAGAGGAUGAGCAUGAAUUUAUGGAAAGAGAAAUGAGGGAUAUUGAGAGUGGAUAUGGGUAUGAAGGACGAUAUAUGGAGAGAGGGAUAGAUGGAGAUUAUGAGAUUAGUCCGAAUAGUAGGACAUAUCGAAAGGAUGAUGACAGUAGUGAUGUUAGCUCCAUGCUCUCUGUAUUUCAUGAAUCGCCGGAGGAAAGCUAA